AUGCUCGGGCAGUCUGCGCCCAAGAGACUAAGCGAUGGGAAUGUCGGAGAGCAUAUCCAGCUCAAAAGGUCAAAGAACGAUGCUCUUCUGUUCUCAAACUCAGGGCGCAACACUCCGAAAGGUGUGUUGUUUGAUAGCCAGUACGCCGACUCGAACAAAAUCAACCAGUUACAGAUUGGCCAUACCCCUGAGACUCAUCUGCGAGAUCUGUCACCUUCCGGAGUCGAUGAGAAUAUAUGCUACGGAAUGAUCUGCGACAUCACUACACAAAUUUGCAGUGUGCCGGAUCACCAAGGGUUGACCCUUCGACAAACUGGCACAUCCGAAUCAAACCUGGUCUCAUUCUCUCUUAACCUAAAGGAGGACCAUAGCGAAAUCGUGUCUGAAGACGGGAAACCAAUCGCUCAAUUGAACACCAAGACACACACGAUUCUCCAACAGGUAUCGGCAGGGGUGAAGAUUGCCUUCACGGCGCUGUUCACGGCGGAAACACUUACGAUGAAAUUGUCUGAAGCGGCGACUCAUACUCGGAUGAAGCCAGGUGAUGUUAAUUGCACCGUCGAUGUCCUCAUAUGUGGUACCCGAGGCGUCGCAAAGCAUGUCGCAGGCCAGCUCGGAAAAUACAGGCUAUUUCUCCAACACCCAUAUCCCCACGUAACGGAUCUUGCCUACGAAAACCCUCAGUAUCUCCAUAUCGACGGGGCAUCUCUCCUCAUGGGGUCGAUUUUGCCUCCCCUAUCUGCUGCGGUGAUGGAAGCUGAAGACGACAAAUCAGACCUGGGCGAGAUAGGAGCAGCCAAGAACAGCCAACCAGACCCGUGGUCUGUUCUAGAUGAACUGUCCGCACCGGAAAACCUGCCCCAAGUCGAGGCAGAUGAGAGAAUAGUAACUGAACUAUUGAGUCACCAAAAAGAGGGUGUCGCAUUUAUCACAAGCCGAGAAAAUCCGGAAUCGUUCAAUCUGAACACCCUUUGGAAACUAGACUUUGGAAGCUCUGCUGCGGAGAACAUCAGAUACCGUCACCGCAUUACUGGGGCGAUCCGCUCAUCUCCCGAAAACUUCUGCGGUGGCCUCCUUGCCGACGAUAUGGGUCUUGGAAAGACGUUGAUGAUGAUAGCUUCAAUCGUUGCGACGUCAAAAGCUGCAGAUACGCACGCAAUUCCCCAACUCUCCCAAAGAAACCUGGAUCUGCCACUAGGAGGGCCAAUGCCAGUCAAAUCCACGCUGGUUUUAGUGCCAUCUUUAUUGCUUGUGGACACUUGGAUCAAACAGCUUGAACAGCAUGUGAGACCAGGUACACUCAGUGUCUAUAAAUAUCAUGGGCAGCAAAGACGGCUUGAUUCAUCCUCGCCCUUGCCAUAUGACGUGGUGGUAUCGACAUACGCGACUGUAGCAUCUGACCAUAAUCGUGGCGGUGGGAUGCUUAGCCGAUUCAGGUGGCAUAGGCUUAUUCUUGACGAAGCUCACGUCAUCCGGAACUGGUCAACGAAGCAGUUCAACGCGGUCAAUAGCUUGUCAACCAAUAUUCGCUGGUGCAUGACGGGAACGCCAAUCCAAAAUACACUCGACGACUUGGGGUCUUUGAUAAAGUUUCUUCGGGUGCCUCAAUUUUCUGACCCGAUCGUUUUUCGAAAGCAUAUAUCCGGAAUGAAGAGAAUCGGCAAAGGCCACGCGAAGCCAAACGUAGCCAAUCUCAGACUUCUCCUGUUGUCAAUGUGUCUCCGCCGCAAGCAGUCCGUCAUAUCCUUGCCGGGGGUCACGGAAGUCAAGCACGAAGUGGAGUUUUCUGAAAGAGAAAAAUCCGCUCACAAGGCUAUUCUGAUAGCCUGUAAAAAGUCGGUCAUAGCCUCAGCAAAUCAACCAAGCGAGAAGAAAUCAGCCAAAGCUACAUUGCAAGGCAUCCUUCGGAUGAGAAUGUUCUGUAAUGUGGGCUUUGAGAUAGGGGGCAGUAGUGUAGGUGACAUGUCAGAGCCUGACCAAGUUUUGAGUCUGCUACAGCAAUCGGGUGAUGCAAAGUGCUAUUCAUGCGCGGCGGAUAUCCACGAUCUUUCCGAGAAUGCGAGAAUCAGCCAUUGCUACUCUGCUGUGUGCGGAGAAUGCGCCCCUGAUCUCCUCAGCGAUGUUCCACAGGGAGGCGUUGAUAGGAAUUGCCCUUUGUGUAAGAAAAAAUGCGAUGGAAAUAUUUUCUUAGACUCUCCUAGCACACCGGAGAGUUGUAGACACGAUGGGUUGCCGUUGCCUGGUCUUGAAAGAUCAUGGCCAUCGAAGCUGCUCGCCUUGCUUCAGGAUCUGAAGGACAAUUUGGAGAAAGAAAAGAGCAUCGUCUUUUCUUUCUGGCGCCAGAGUCUUGACGUGGUUGGCCGCCUCCUAGCCGAACAUAACAUUGCGUAUUGUCGAGUGGAUGGAUUUCUCAAACCAGCCCAUCGAAAGAAGGUCUUGGAAAAAUUUUGCUCCGACGAUUCCCCCAGAGUCCUCCUGAUGACACUUGGAACAGGCGCAGUUGGUUUGAACGAUUUAUCCAUCGCCAGCCGUGUCCAUUUUCUUGAGCCGCAAUGGAAUCCAUCCAUCGAGAGCCAAGCGAUAGGUCGUGUCUUGCGGCUUGGGCAAGAGAAGGAAGUGUGUAUUGUCCGAUAUAUUGUGAAAGGCUCUAUUGAAAAGAGCGUCGAAGAUCGCCAGAUCACCAAGAUUCGACUCGCACAAGUUGGAGAGAUGCAUUCUGCGGGGACUUGGUCUGAGGUAGGGCUGGCUCUCAUUCGCGAGCAGCUUGACCAGAUUAGUGAGAAAUAG